UGAGCUGUCCUUAGGAUUUCCAUUCGAGCUUCAGACCGUUACAAGCCGCCUGGCCUGCCGCCGUCCUGUGAACUCUGCGCCGAAUAUAUUUGUCAAACGGAACACCAUGGGAGUCGAAGGUUGCACAAAAUGUAUCAAGUACAUGCUCUUCUUCUUCAACUUCAUCUUCUGGCUUGCAGGAGGUGUAAUCCUGGGCGUGGCCCUCUGGUUGAGGCACGAUACCAAGACCAGCAACCUGCUAGAGCUCAAAUUUGAAGGAGCCCAGGCCCCCAGCACCUUCUACAUCAGUGUCCACAUCCUGAUUGCUGUUGGUGCAGUGAUGAUGGUGGUCGGUUUCCUUGGAUGCUAUGGCGCCAUCCAGGAGUCCCAGUGCCUGUUGGGAACUUUCUUCGCCUGCCUGGUCAUCCUGUUCGCCUGCGAAGUUGCAGCUGGAAUCUGGGGCUUCAUGCACAAAGACACUGUGUCGCAGGAGAUGAUCAACUUCUAUGACUCUGUGUACGACAGGGCCAUCUCAUCAACCAUCACUGACCAGGACAAGAAGAGUGUUGCUCCUGUGCUCAAGGUCUUCCAUGAGACGCUGAGCUGCUGUGGUAAAGGCCUGGGGACUGGUUUUCUGACACAGCUUACAGACAAAUUCGGCAUGACCGACCUCUGCCCCAGCAGUGGAACUACAGUUAAUUGCCACAACAGGAUCAAGGAAUUGUUUUCAGAUAAGAUUUACCUGAUUGGCAUUGCCGCGCUGGUGGUCGCAGUUAUUAUGAUCUUUGAGAUGAUCUUCAGCAUGGUGUUGUGCUGCGGGAUCCGUAACAGCCCGGUGUACUAAAGCGCCAGAUGUCCAGCCUACUCGCCGAUGAAGGAAGGACGACCUUGUAUUCUCUCUCAUUCUUUUUCUUUUCUUUUAUAAUCAGGAAAUGUUACAUAUAUUGCUUGCUGGAUUUAGUCGGCUCUUUGAGAAGACAACGUAAACCAUCCUCCAUUGAGCGUUUUAUUGAACACUGUCAAUUAAUUUUUUUUUUUGUCACAGAUGCCGUUAUGCAUAUUUAACCAGUGUUAUUCGAACUUGAUAUGUAGAUAUUAUACCACACAUCACACAUGAUUUGACACAUGACUCAGCAGUCCCGGUGCUCUAAACCUUUAGUGAUUCAUUAGUGGUUUACUGCUUCCUUGCCUAUGAACAAGCUCUUAUAUUCUCGGUUUAUGGAUGUUUUUUCACUGUAUGUAUAAACUGUGUAUAUAUAUAAAUAUAUAUUAACAGUGCUUUAUGACUGCCUGAGCAUGGAUAUUGUAUUACAGUAGAUCCUUCUGUAUUCUUCUUGCACUCUCUGCUUGUUUGUCUUGUUUCGGACUGAACCAGAUGAUGGUGUAUGCGACCCUCACAAGUGAAGCACUCGUGUUAGCCUCACCAUGUCACAUAGAAGUGCACACGCGUUCACAUCCACAUCGCUGUGUGAUGUCUGCAGGAGCUGACUAAAGAAGGAAAGCCUCAGUUAAUAUUGGAAGCUGGAACCAAAGUCAGAGUCACCUGAUGUCUUGUUGAUUUGUCUGCGGCUAUUUGAUGUUCGUCACAUGUCGAAAACUUGUGCUCAGAUGCAUAAAACAUUUUAAAGUAAUUACCUCAGUAGAGGUUUUUGGAUUUCCUUAGAAGAAAUGAAGUUGAAUUCAAAUCAUGUCCUUCCAAACACAUUUCACCUAGUUUGGCCUAGCCUACUUUCAAACGUCUGAGUCAUCUCUAAUGUAGUCACAAAUGUAUGGUUAAAAAGGUCAUUCAUUCUGAAUUUCAAGAAACAUCCAGUUAUCUUUUGUAUGAAUUUGUCCAGACAUUUCUAAUAACCUCUCUAUUAAAACUGCAACAACAGGAGGAGCAUGAGACAGAGACAUGUUUUCACCUUAGAAUCUGUCCUAGUAAUCCUCUAUAAGUAAACGUAACAAAACAAUCUAAUAGAAAAACUUGAAACAUUUUAUACAACUGUGCACUUGUUUAUUUACUGUGCUUAACACUAUAAUUAUCUUUCCCAAAUCAGAGGAGUUGAAAUGUGACCCAUACCAUUUACAGUUAUAGCAAGCUGGCUGAUAUCCACGGUGACUGACACCCCGGCUGCCUCCAUGUAUUGGUGGUGUGCUUUUUGCAACAAACCUGUUAAAAUCCUGUUCAAAUCUGCAAAGGAAUUAUACCUGUCUGACAAAUAUAGUGGAGUAAAAAGUACAGUAGUUGCCUCUGAGAUGUAGUGGACUAGAAGUUUAAAGUUGCAUAAAAUGAAAAUACUCAACUAAAGUAACUUAAGGUCAGUACUUGAGUAAAUGUACAGGAAUAUUCCACCACUGGAAAUUGAUUAACUUUUGCUUGCUUUUGUAGGAAACGCAUGGUGAAACUCCAGCCUGUAGCCAGUGUAACUGCAGAAAGAGCUUUGGUUUGGUGUUCUGAAUCUGGGUAGCCUUAUCUGGUUGAGUCUAGUCCUCUCUCAUCUGACCUGGUUGUGUCAUUGUACUGUCCCUCUGGUUUCACAGCCUACUAACCUUCAUCAUUGUUGCCAUUCAUGUAAUAAUGGUUCCCAGUGCAUGGCAAGAACAAGACAAAGCACCUCAUCUGUUCUGAGCCACCCAGUUUGCACUUAGCCCCCUCCCUCCACCUGGCAACUGAAUCUGCUGUUUAGUUUUUGUCCAGUGGGUUUUAUUACUCCACAUAGGCUUGAAAAUAUUUUGUCCUACUAGAUCCAGCUGCCACUAACACAUUACUGCCCACCAUUGCAGCACUCCCAAGUUUUGCGCAUCAUGAACACAUUAAAUCAUCCUGUGUAAUCUUCCAUAUUAUCACAGCUUUUGUCACCAAACUAAAACCUUGUCAUGUUAACAUGUCAUACUUAAACUGAGAAACAGUAAAAGUGUCUUGUAAUAUUUACAGCUCUGACGUAUUGUACUAAUGAAAAUCAUGAAGGCUGUAGAAAGAAAGAAAUGUAUGCCUUUUUUCUCCUUGUAUUGUGUAUCUUUGUCUGGUACGUUGUCAAAGGAGUCUGGACAGAAAGGGUGGAGGAUUUUGUGGCAGUGCUGACUGAAGGGAAGUCAAAACUUUAACAUAUUAGCUAGUUUCUCCCCAGAACGUCCAGUCCAGUAUUCCCCGAUGAUGAGGGCACUACCUGUGUUUCUCUGACAGUAUGUCCAAGCUGCUGCCUUUUGAAUUUGGUAUCUGACACUCAGGACCCACUGCCACUCAAAUCUCAAACCCGAUCUACUCUUGUAGACUUUGGUUUGCCCAAAUAUAAAGGGAUUAAAUGUAUUUUACAAAUAAA